AUGAACAGCGUCGCUGACGCUGAAACAACUGGGAAGGUUGCACAUGGUAAGCGCUUGAUUUCUUCUCUUCGAUGCCGACGAGGGCUGGAGGCGCGGAGCGGUGGCGGAGGGGGAGCUGUCCGCGGUGCUGCCGGCGGAGCCAGCGCGGAGCCUCCCUCGGACGGGAGUAUUAACGUCGAAUGGGAGGGCAAGCAGGCGAGCCGUGGCUCCUCGAAAUUCUGCAACACUCCUGAUUACGCCAGUCAAAGGGAUAUGAGCAAGCAGCUUGUGAACAAUCCUGAAGCGGUGGCUCCCGGAGCCAAUGAAGGUGCGGGAGUUGUAAGAACCGGCCCCGAAAAUGAGCCGCAAAACGCCCCUCCGCAAGCCCCCGCCGCCACCGCCAGGCUUCCCCGGUCACUCUCGAACGACAGCAAAACCCUUCCCUCCGAAGAAGCGAAACCAAAUGAGUUUGAGAGGACCAAAGUCGGGAUCUGCAAGCUCAGCAGCACCCCGGUGCAAGCCAACUCCACCCUUCGGAGGGAAUCUGUGGAAACCUUCCCCUCCAAGCCGAGCUCCGGGGCAGGGAUUGCCGGGCAAGCUGCGAUCCCUCAUUGCAAAAUUCCCGCUUUGCAAAGCACAGACGGGGACGCUACUCUGAGCCUUGGUAAGAGCACACUGGAGCAAAACAACGCCAAGGGCGCCUGGGUGACCUUGAGCCAGAGCACAGUGGUGCUGGGCACAGAUGGCAACACUUCUGUUCUUCCUGGCAGAGUGGAGGGGGAAGACGAUGUGGGGGAUGAAAAUAAAGCCCGAGGGAACUGGUCUAGCAAGCUGGAUUUCAUCCUCUCCAUGGUGGGUUAUGCAGUGGGGCUGGGCAAUGUCUGGAGGUUCCCGUACCUGGCCUUUAAGAAUGGGGGAGGUGCGUUUCUCAUCCCCUAUUUGAUGAUGUUGGCUCUAGCUGGGAUCCCCAUUUUCUUCCUGGAAGUCUCACUGGGGCAGUUUGCUAGUCAGGGCCCCGUGUCGGUCUGGAAAGCCAUCCCCGCCCUGCAAGGCUGCGGCAUCGCCAUGCUGAUCAUCUCGGUGCUGAUAGCCAUUUAUUACAAUAUUAUUCUGUGCUACACGCUUUUCUACCUUUUCGCCUCCUUUGUGCCCGUGCUCCCCUGGGCUUCCUGUAACAACCCCUGGAACACGCCAGACUGUAAAGAUAAAAACAAACUUUUGCUAGAUUCCUGCAUUAUUGGCGACCACCCAAAAAUACAAAUCAAGAACUCUACUUUCUGUAUGAGUGCCUAUCCAAAUCUAACCAUGGUUAACUUCACCAGGGAAGGAAACAAAACAUUUGUCAGUGGGAGUGAAGAAUACUUCAAGUACUUUGUAUUGAAGAUUUCAGCAGGGAUUGAAUAUCCUGGUGAGAUUAGAUGGCCCUUGGCAUUAUCUCUUUUCCUAGCUUGGGUGAUUGUUUAUGCCUCCCUUGCUAAAGGAAUCAAGUCAUCAGGAAAAGUUGUGUACUUCACAGCUACAUUCCCCUAUGUGGUUCUCAUCAUCCUUCUCAUAAGAGGAGUAACUCUACCUGGAGCUGGAGAUGGGAUCUGGUACUUCAUCACACCCAAGUGGGAGAAGCUGAUUGAUGCUAUGGUUUGGAAGGAUGCUGCCACUCAGAUUUUCUUCUCCUUAUCUGCAGCAUGGGGAGGUCUAAUUACCCUCUCUUCAUACAACAAAUUCCAUAAUAACUGCUACAGGGACACAUUGAUUGUCACGUGUACCAACAGUGCCACAAGUAUAUUUGCAGGCUUUGUAAUCUUCUCAGUUAUUGGUUUCAUGGCAAACGAACUCAAAGUGAAUAUUGAAGCUGUGGCAGACCAAGGUCCUGGGAUUGCUUUUGUGGUUUACCCAGAAGCCUUAACCAGGCUGCCCCUCUCUCCCUUCUGGGCUAUAAUAUUCUUUUUGAUGCUUCUAACUCUUGGAUUAGACACGAUGUUCGCCACCAUCGAGACUAUCGUGACCUCUGUGUCAGAUGAAUUCCCCAAGUACUUACGUACGCACAAGGCACUGUUCACUCUGGGGUGCUGCGUGUCCUUCUUCAUCAUGGGAUUUCCUAUGAUCACUCAGGGUGGAAUGUAUAUGUUGCAGCUUGUGGACACUUAUGCAGCCUCUUACUCUCUUGUCAUUAUUGCCAUCUUUGAGCUUGUUGGCGUUUCCUAUAUCUACGGAUUGCAAAGAUUUUGUGAAGAUAUAGAAAUGAUGAUUGGAUUCCAGCCAAGUAAAUUCUGGAGAGUCUGUUGGGCAUUUGUGACCCCAACUAUUUUAACAUUUAUUCUCUGCUUCAGUUUUUACCAGUGGGAACCCAUGACUUACGGAGCUUACCACUACCCAGGCUGGUCCAUGGUGCUCGGGUGGCUGAUGCUGGCCUGCUCAGUCAUCUGGAUCCCAGUUAUGUUUGUGAUAAAAAUGCAUCUAGCCCCAGGAAAAUUUAUUGAGCGGCUCAAGCUGGUGUGCUCCCCACAGCCUGACUGGGGCCCGUUCCUGGCCAAGCACCGCGGCGAACGGUACAGGAACAUGAUUGAUCCACUGGGAACCUCCUCCCUGGGACUUAAACUGCCAGUGAAGGAUAUGGAAUUGGGGACUCAAUGCUAA